AUCGCGCUGGAGGUGGUUCUAAAGGCGGAGUUGUCGCAGUUGAAGUCCACUUUAUGGAAUCCCAUGUCUCAAGAACAGUCAAUGGGACAUGCGCACAAGAACUUGUCAGACAGACUUUUUUUUUUUUUUUGCAGCCAUACUACAGGCUCAAACUCAAAACCUUCCAGACUAUCCUCCUCUAUAGCGCCUGUUCAGCGAACUGCUUAAAAGACCCUUAGCCCAUCCCCCACAUCCCGCCCCCGUUUCGGCUUAUUACCCUAGUUCCGCCCCCGGCGCCUAGCCAUUGGCUCGUCCCGCCGCCACUCGGCGGCCCCCAGUCUAGCGGUGACGUCACCUGUCUGCCUUGGCCCGCACCGGCAGCGUCUCCUUGGACUUGAAUGAGGGGAGCGAUCCGGUCCGAUCCGCUCGGGAGGAGCAGCUCCACACCGCCGUGUCUCUCAGGGCCGAGAGCAGCGGUGCCACCAGGAGCCACGUCCUCGCCAGGAGCCGGCUGCUCUCCGUCAAUGUUCGGCUUCAUGGGGCUGAACAGCACCGCGGCCGCAGCUUCGCAGCCCAAUGUCUCCUGCACUUGUAACUGCAAGAGGUCGUCUUUGUUCCAGAGCAUGGAAAUCACCCAACUGGAGUUCGUCCAGAUCAUCAUCAUUGUGGUAGUGCUGAUGGUUAUGGUUGUGGUGAUCACCUGCCUGCUGAACCAUUAUAAGCUGUCGGCACGUUCUUUCAUAAACAGACACAGCCAAGUUCGCAGACGGGAGGAGACUUUGUCCUCGGAAGGAACCUUGUGGCCUUCUGAUAGUGCAGCAUCCCAACACAACAUGAAUGAGAUGUACACUCCAAGAACAUCGGACAGACUGAUAGUGCCAUCAUACAUGCAGAGGGAUCGAUUUCACCGCUUCCAGCCCACAUACCCUUACCUGCAGCAUGAGAUCGACCUUCCCCCUACCAUCUCCCUUUCAGAUGGUGAGGAGCCCCCUCCCUAUCAGGGCCCCUGCACCCUGCAACUGAGGGACCCUGAACAACAGCUGGAGCUGAACCGUGAGUCGGUCCGUGCCCCACCCAACCGCACUAUCUUCGACAGUGACUUGAUUGACAGCUCAAUCUAUAGGGGGCCCUGCCCCCCAAGCAGCAACUCUGGCAUCAGUGCCACCUGCUACGGCAGUCAGGGCCGCAUGGAGGGGCCCCCACCCACCUACAGUGAAGUGAUUGGACACUGCCCUGGCUCUGCCUUCUACCAGCACACCAACCACAGCAACAAUCAGGGGACUCCUCCCAUCCUAGGGGGCAACAGACUCAACCAAUCACAGCUCAGUGGCCUUGACAGCACAAAUGCACGCAACAAAGAGCAGCAGAAAGUGCGCCCCUUUUAGCAUGGGUGUCCAAAGAGCUGGGGCUCCUGCUCCCUUUUGUACAGAGUCCAUACCUGCGUGUCCUGUGUCGUCUGCGUGCUCACAGCUUGCCUCGAUGUUCAUCUUCUGUUCUUUCUCUCUUCUUUUUAUAUUAAUUCUUAUAUUCUCUUUUUUAAGUGUUAAAGUUCUAAACUUGAUUUUUUUUUUUCCCCCUUUGGUCAGUUUGCGUGGAUGCUUUUGUUUUUCUUUACUUCACUUGACCUUUGAAGAAAUAUUUGCACAAAAGGAAGUUUAUUUGAAGACCCGCAAUAUCUAUAGUAAAUGGUACAUGUGACAAGGGUAUUUCUGUACCAGAUGGGAUAUUAGGGGUGGGUGGAAAACGAGGGGCAGAGAGAGUCAUUUCUGUUUUUGCUUUUGUUUGAUAUCUAGGAAAGUGAACUGUCGAUUAUUUUUAUUUUAUUUUUUUUUUUGAGUGCCAACUCAAAGAUGUGUUUAACCUUUGUGUAAAAAGAAGCACGAUUAUAGAGUUAUUUAUAUAAAUGUUGAAAUAUUGCACUAUUUUUAAUAUAAAUUGCAAGCCAAGGCUUGUCAAGUUAAAGCCUCUGUUGUGAUCACACGUGCUAGUGUGUGUGGGAGUGUGUGUGUGUGUGUGCGUGUGUGCGCUUGCACAUGUGUGGAAGGGUUAGCUUGAUCUAAAAAGAGGCCCCAGCAGGCUGCAGCGUUAACGGAAACUGAAAGAUACUAGCUCUUCCUUCAGCACAGACGUGCACUUUAGAGAGCCCUUUGGCUUGGCCAUUAUCCUCGCAGGGCCCCCUAUGGUAUGCUGCACUUAAGUGGAUGCCCUGUUGGAGAGGAGACCCCCCCCCCCCCUUUCCCAUUUACAUGUGGCACAAGUGUAUCAUCCGUUCUCUUUCCAUUCCACUGGGACCUCUGUUGAACUUUGGCCUAGGAAAUAUGGAGAAGAAUUUAUGUCCUUCAGUAUGACAAGCAAGUUACAGUGGGAUGCCACUAAAAGCACUUUUUUCGGUGCCAGGGACUGGGACCAUCUUUAAACGUUGUGCUGAAAGGCCACCAAAUUGGAGUACCACUGUUUAAUCCUACUGGGUACUUCAGCAUGGCAUCUUAUCCAUGGUUCCCACAAGGUUUUUAUUUUUUCAUUUUUUUGUUUAAAGUCUAGUUCAAAAAUAAUGUCAAGUGUGUAGUAGUCUUUCAAGUAGAUCUUAUGGUCCCUCAAGGCAUGUGUUGUGCCCUCAGAGUGGAUCCAAUUUAUUAUUUAAUAUGAAUCAUCCAAAGUUUACAUAGCAAAUGAUGGUAUUUAUUGUGUUAAAUUUCACUAAAUGGUCUUAAUGGAACUUUUGUUUCCUUUUUUAAUUGCAGUUGAGUAUUUGAAUUUGUGUCCUCGGGCAGCUUAAUCAAAGUAGACAUGAGUGGUCUAUAGACGUCAAUCUGGCCAUGUCUAGCGCAAAGCUGCUGAAAGUUGAGAGGAGCAGGCAGUUUUCAUUCUGUUAAUGCCCAGGUGUGGCUAGAUUUCUGCUGGGGUCCGCAUGACUGGUGUCUGAAUGAGAGAUGUGUUGGCAAUAGGGGUAUCUGGGAGGAAGCUGCAAUAUGCCAUCCGUUUGCCUUUUGAAAACGUCGACGUUGUUUAACUUAGGAAAUCUGAAGAAGAAGAAAAAAAGGGGUUUUGAGCUCAUUUUACCCAUCCAGACGCCAUUUCAUUUAUGUUAACUUCAAAGAUUUGCCCCCAAAAGGAAAGGAGGGAGACCACAGCCACAGUGCACAAUUCUGAUGACCCAGUAAGCCCAGAGCUUACAAGAUUAUGAUUGCAAUGACAUUGCCAGUUUCUGGAUAGCAUGGUUUUAGGCAUGAGUUGAGCUGCCACUUGAAUUUGUUUGACGUCCACUGCUUCCAUAUUAGCUCCAGUCCAGCACUUGUAGUACUAUAUGGAGCUUGACUGAAACAUUCAAAAGGUAAUCAGUUUUCAAAAUGACCUCCUGGCCAGUGUAGGUACACAUCCUCAUUGUAUGUCCUGAUCUUGUCCCAAGCAGGACAUGGGACAUGUGUGCACAGCUCUGCAUGCAUUUGAAUUUCAGUUUUUAAUGUAAUAAAGAAGCCAAGCUGCUUAGCGGUCCUCACUGAGUGUGCACUUCUUGCCAGUUACCUGGUGCAGAUAUUCUAGCGAUAGGAAGCUCAAGAGAUGCCUUUGUGCUGCCGUCUGCUCUUCUGUCAGUAUUGCUGGUGAAGUCGUCUUUAUUGAAGCAGAGUUGAAUUUCAGAAUUUACGGAAGCUUUACGUCUAAACAUGCGGGCAGACAUGGUUGGAAGGUUGAGGGUAUGGUGUCUAAACAUAUCGGCAAAGGUUCUUGUCCCCUUGACUUCUCCUCACAUUACUGGUAUUUAUUUCUUGUCCUGGAAGGCUCUGCAGUAUUUUUAAAAAGUUACCAUUUAGUCAAAGGUUAAUUUUUUUUUUUUGUUAUCAUUUGAAGAAAAAUUGAAUUUUCUUGCUUCCGCUUCUUGUUAACUUUUUUUUAUGCUAAACGAUGUGCCAGAUUGUUUUGCUUUUAAAGAAAACUUAUUUAGCAUGACGUGUAUUUAAACUAAUGUAGUUAGCAGAGCUGCAUUCCAUCUUUUUGGUACGUUCUGUCUAGAUGCUUCUUUUGGAAGUUUCACACAGCAUUACUUCUGAAGCACAACACUUAAACGGCCAAUAGCAACAUAUUUCAAUCCGUUCGAAAUGCUUCAAACUAGUUGCGAUUCAAGUUUUAACCAUUGCACACCUCCUGAAUGGAAAUGAAUACCAGUGUUUAAAUUGGAAGGCUGACUGAACAGCCGUCUCCUUUGGGUGCAGUGCGCGCAGUUGGCCACGGGGUGGCAGCCGAGCACUAAGCAGCUGGACAGCCAGGCUCGUCACUUGUCCCGUGAAGGAGGUCAGCCGAGCCUGCCGGUCCCCGGCUUCUAUGAAGGGUCAUCACACAGUAACCAAAACCUUCAGGUGAGAUUAAAUGCCAUCUUGCCUGGGAAGCUAUGCAAGACUCACCCAUCAUGGAGUAGCCGGGGGCUCACUAAAUGAAAAGGAGGCACCGCAGAAUUUCCCAGAGCUGUCUGUGUAAAGCCUGCUGGGAAUUCUCGCGACAUGACACUCUCCCUGGCUUGGCCAUAGCCCAUAGCACUUGGCGCCCUGCCCAGGGAUUCUCAUCCACUGCUCUCCUUUAGAAGUCUUGAUCUGAUCUGUGCUGUGUUAAUAAGAAGCCCCAAGGGCUCAGCAGCUCUUGGGUUACUUCCCAGUAAGUUCUCGGAGACAUUGUGCUGCAUGGUGGUUAGGCGAGGUGAAGGACAAGUCCGGUGUUAUGUGGGACAAGGUGAAGGCAAUCUCUGUCUCUCUCUUGCUGCGCAGCCAUGCCAGUUAAAGCUGCACUGCAUAUUGCAAUUUGAUUUCUGAAAAAUUAGGGUUUUGUACAACUCAAAAACAAAGUGAAUUGCACUACAGAAUAAAAUUACGUUGAUACCAGGUCUGCUGAGAAAUGGACAAGCUGAGCAGAAUUGUAAGUUUCAUCUUCUGAUCUGAUUUCUAUUCAGUCUGGUGUUAUGUGCACAUGUCACGCAAGUGGAGUGUGAAACAAGCUGCUUUUCUUUCUCUUGGUACUGUAUGUCCUCUGCCUGUCAGUCCUUUUGGUUUUUAAUGUGCUGAGGGGUCUCUGUCCCAUCAGAGUCUCGCAGCAUGACUCUGAGUUUUCUUGUACUUUUCCCACAUUGACAAAAAAAAGUGCUCAGGUGGCUGCCCCCCCCCCAUGACACCCAAGACUCCCCAUUGCCCUGAGGCGGUGGGAUUGGGGAUUGAGGCGGGUAGCCGGUGGUGCAGAAGAAGAAGAAGAAGAAACGCACCAAGCCUGGCCUAUGAGUGUGGUGUGGUGGUGGAAGUAUGUCAGCUAUUGUAUCCUCCUGGAUGGGGGGAGCAGGUCCCUGGGGAGGGUCUACUAGAUUUUGUUGCUACGUUUAAUAUGGGAGUCGAGUGGGGGUGCUGUCCCAGAGCACUUUUGGAACCAGGUUUUUUGAUUUCUGUUCUUGUUUCUGUUUGUUGUCCUCCCUUGGUCCAGUCAGUGCAGCGGCCAUGCACUCUGCAAUGAACCUUCCACAACUUGAUAUUCUGUCCGCUUGUGUGUGCAGCUGAACACCUGUAACAAGAUUUUCAUUUGUAACAGAGCGCAAUACCCAAUAAAAGACAGUUUUGUUGAAACUGA